AUGCAGGCUGAGGAGUACAAUCGCAGAGGUAAGGAGCUGGUGGACUACAUCACACGGUACCUAAGCUCCAUCAGGGAGAGGAGGGUGAUUCCAGACGUGAAGCCAGGUUACAUGAAAGAUCUUCUCCCUGACACUGCGCCCACGGAGCCGGAGGACUGGGAGAGCAUCUUCAACGACAUCGAGAAAGUCAUCAUGCCAGGAGUGGUUCACUGGCAGAGCCCUCACAUGCACGCCUACUAUCCCUGCCUGACCUCAUGGCCCUCCAUGCUCGGGGACAUGCUGGCCGACGCUAUCAACUGUGUUGGAUUCACCUGGGCCUCCAGCCCAGCCUGUACCGAAUUGGAAAUUCAUGUGCUGGACUGGUUGUGUAAAGCACUGGGCCUGCCCUCCUUCUUCCUGCAUCACCAUCCUGACAGCAGAGGUGGAGGCAUACUGCAGGGCACUGUCAGCGAGAGCACACUGGUUGCUCUGUUGGCAGCCAGGACAGACAAAAUAUUGCAGUUGCGGGCUGAGCUCGACCAGGAUGUGGAAGACUCGGUCCUAAACUCAAGACUGGUGGCCUACGCUUCAGAUCAGGCUCAUUCCUCAGUUGAGAAGGCAGGUCUGAUCUCUCUGGUGAAGAUCAGGUUUCUGCCCACUGAUGAGCAGCUGUCCCUGAGAGGAGACACUUUGAAACAAGCCGUACAAGAGGACAGGAUGAGGGGACUGGUCCCUUUCAUGCUGUGUGCAACUUUGGGAUCUACAGGAGUGUGUGCCUUUGACAAUCUAUCUGAAGUGGGACCAGUCUGUGCAGAAGAGGGCAUGUGGCUCCACGUUGACGCUGCGUACGCUGGCUCAGCCUACGUCUGUCCGGAGCUCCGCUGGUCCCUGGGGGGCAUCGAGUUUGCGCACUCUUUUGUCUUCAACCCUGCCAAGUGGAUGAUGGUUCAUUUUGACUGCACAGCUUUCUGGUCUCGGAGACCAAUGCGCUCUCUUAGCUGCAACAGCGAGCCUCUGCCUUACAAUCCCACUGUUCCGGCGUCUGGCCACGACCGUGAAACAAGGCCUUGUCUUAAAGAUGCUGCAGGUGCCCUCCCAACGCCAUCCGCAGGGCCCGAUCCUGUGAUCCAGAUUACGAAUGUGCCUUCAAAUCUUCCGGGUAAACAGGACCUGAAAAAGCUGACAAAGUUCUACAGCGUGCCCAGUUUCUGCAAGCCGUGGGUGCAGUGUGGCCAGCACCAGGUGUGCUGCCCUCUGAAGGUGUCACAAGAACAGCAGCACAAGAACACUUGACCUCCACCUGCAGAAGAACAAACUGUAUGUCUUCACCUCCCGUGGCCAACAAAGCUCCCUCUCCUACUCCUACUGGAAACCGCCGCUGCACCGAAGCUAGCGUAAUGAUCCCCGAAAGCGCCGCGCAGUAGUUC